AUGGCUGACAUAUCUGGUCUUCCCGACUUUGGGGACAUUACGCUUCUGGACCACAGCCGCCAAGGAUGGAAAGCCGUUGUGGUCAUCGUGGUUUGCACGACGCUAGCAACACUAUGCGUCUGUCUAAGGACAUAUACUCGCAAGGUAGUCAUCAAUGAGUUGUGGGUUGAUGAUUAUUUGGCGAUCUUUUCCAAUAUCCUUCUUGUAGGCCAAGCAGUGUCAGAAGGUAUUCAAGUUCGUGAUGGAGUUGGUACACAUCUCUGGGAUGUGAUGGAGGUGCCUGGUGCCCUCACUCGGUACUCAAAGAUGGAAUGGGUUGGCCUUCUGAUCUAUAAUAUCGUCGGCCUGUUCAUAAAGUUGAUGUUUUUCUUCCAGUAUUAUAGGAUCGUUAGGAAUGUCCCCCGCCUCAAGCUCAUUUACACGGUCAUCAUGUCGCUUGUCGUCAUCUGGUGCGCUGCGCAGAUCCUAGUCUCGGCGUUUACAUGCAUACCAAUCGCGGCGCUCUGGGACCCCUCAGUCACUGGUGUCUGCAAUCCUAUCGGUCCGGAUGCUCAAUUCUAUAUGGCGUCGAUUGGGAACAUUGUCACUGAUGUGGUCAUACUUAUACUUCCCAUACCUGUUGUCUGGAGGUUGAGCUUACGCAGACCCCAAAAGAUGGUGCUCUUUGUGGUGUUUGGUCUUGGAUUCUUCACAUGCUUUAUAUCCACUUUCCGCGUCAUCUUCCUACACAGACCAGUCGACUUCACUUAUGGUGGGAUCGAUGUCCUCUGCUGGUCCCACGCAGAGCUUGCCUCCGGUAUUAUUUGUGCGUCAAUCCCUACCUUGAAGGCGUUGGUCGGCAGGUACUUCCCAACUCUCGGUACCACUCGACGAGUCACCACUGGGUAUCAGAGAUACGACUAUAGCUCAAGAGGCAAGGAAUUUGCGUCCCCACGGAGCGCAGACCUCUCUACUAAAGACACCGGUAUCUACGGACUUGCGGACCUGGAGCUUGGACUCGAUCGACCACACCCUGUCAGCAUCGAGACGAAGAUAUCAGUGAUGUCAAAACAUUCUCCGAAGGCAAGUCUGCCAAUCUCGGUAAACACUGUGACGUCACGUUUGUCAGAUGCCAGCGUUGAGGAUAUGUCAGCUAAAGCGCGAAUUACGAGAUCUCAUUCGGGGUUUAGACGGGCUUCUCAAGAAAUCAGAGUGCAAAAGGAGUGGACUCUGAGCAAUGACAAGGCUUGA